GAACAGGAGGAAGGUCUGCCGAGACAUGUAAGAUGGCAGAGCUGCAGAUGUUACUAGAGGAAGAAAUUCCCGCCGGUAAAGGAGCUCUCUUAGAGAGUUACCAGAACCUCACCAGGGUUGCGGACUAUUGUGAAAACAAUUAUGUUCAGGCAGUGUACAUCGAUGACUAUGAAGAUAAGAAAUGAUAACAAACAUCAGAAACGGUGGUGGCUCAUCUCAGUUUCUGUGGACAUGCUAGGCUUUGAUACAGAUUUGGCACAGGAUAAGAGGAAAGCCUUGGAGGAGACCAAAGCGUACACCACCCAGUCCCUGGCGAGCGUGGCCUAUCAGAUCAAUGCCUUAGCCAACAAUGUGCUGCAGCUGCUGGAUAUACAGGCCUCACAGCUGCGCAGGAUGGAGUCCUCCAUCAACCACAUAUCUCAGACGGUGGACAUCCAUAAGGAAAAGGUUGCCCGGCGAGAGAUUGGCAUCUUGACAACAAAUAAGAACACAUCAAGGACUCAUAAGAUCAUCGCUCCAGGAAACAUGGAGCGGCCGGUGAGAUACAUCAGGAAACCCAUCGACUUCACAGCACUGGAUGAUGUGGGCCAUGGAGUCAAGUGGCUUAAAGCCAAGCAACACGGCAACAAUCCAUCAAUCAGAGGAGGUACUCUUUCCAGGACCAACCCACCAACACAGAAACCCCCCAGCCCACCCCUAGCAGGACGAGGCACUCUUGGACGUAACACUCCUUAUAAAACACUUGAGCCGGUGAAACCUCCAACAGUUCCCAACGAUUACAUGACGAGUCCAGCUCGCUUGGGCAGCCAACACAGUCCUGGACGCACUGCAUCGCUCAACCAGAGACCGAGAACACACAGUGGCAGUAGUGGGGGUAGCGGCAGUCGAGAGAACAGUGGCAGCAGCAGUAUUGGCAUUCCCAUCGCUGUGCCAACUCCCUCCAUUCCCAACUCAGUCCCAGUCACACCCAUGUCAUGGGUCCCUCCCUUUGGAGCCCCUCCCCCUGCCCCUCCUCCUCCACCCCCCCUCCCUGGGCAGGGCCCACCAAUGCCAGCUGCUGUUUUAGCUGUGGCUCCAGGGCCGGGUCUCGGGCCCAUCCCCAUGUCGCAGUUCGGCACGAUAUCUCGGCAGAUAUCCCGACACAACUCCACCACCUCUUCCGCCUCCAUGGUUUCUGCCACGGGUACAUACAGACGAGCGCCAUCCGUCUCGUCCCAGUUCUCCCUGCAGCAGACGCAUGUUAACGGGGGAACAAAUGCAAUGUCUAUCGCACCCCCUCCUCCACCCAUGCCCCAGCUCACCCCACAGAUCCCACUCACAGGCUUUGUGGCCAGAGUUCAGGAGAACAUUGCAGAUACCCCGACUCCACCGCCUCCACCUCCCCCAGACGACAUGCCCAUGUUCGACGAGGCCCCGCCUCCACCCCCACCACCGCCAGCCGACUACGAAGAUGAAGAGGCAGCUGUAGUGCAAUACAGUGACCCCUACGUGGAUGGAGACCCACAGUGGGCCCCCAAGUCCUACAUUGAAAAAGUGGUGGCUAUCUAUGACUACACCAAGGAUAAGGAUGAUGAGUUGAGCUUCAUGGAAGGAGCCAUCAUCUACAUCGUCAAAAAGAAUGAUGAUGGAUGGUUCGAGGGUGUUUGCAACGGUGUCACAGGUCUGUUUCCAGGCAACUAUGUGGAGUCAAUCAUGCACUAUGCCGAUUGAAGGGACCAUACUUCAUAAUCUUAUCAAACAAAUACCCAAUCAGUCCAAUUUAGACCACAGUAUGAACCAGUUUAUAAGGAUGGCAGAAUGUUUGUUCCUGACAAAUGGCGAAUCUGUGACAUUAAAUAACAAAUUUUUUUACUUUAUUUUGUGGUGAUGGGUGGAUGUGGGGGAAAUUGGGGCAGACCAACAAUUCAAAGACCAGAGGAAGUCAAUGUACAUAAAAGGAAAGAGUGUAGUGAAUGUCAAUCACAGUAUCUUGAGCGGUCAAUACCACAAGUGAACAUGUAAAGUAGAUGAUUGUCUCUGCUUUUAUUAAAUGUCCAAAUAAAAUGUAUUUGAUUCCCUUUAGCUCCCCCCUCAAUGCACAUUUGUUUUUAAACAUUUUUUAAUCAAAUUCAUUUUAACGUUUUAUCACCAAAUCAUAAAUAUUUCGAAAUCUUGACGUAAAGCAUGCAUUCCAAAUCAAAAGAUAUGUAUUGUAACCUAAACGUUUAAUUCCAUUCUGCUUCCAUCGUUGUAUUAUUUGCAGUAAACUCGAUUUUUUUAGAGAUAUUUGUAGACUACUUAUUUUUAUGCUCACAUUUUUCGUUUUUAUUUGGGUAAUGAAUGCAAAGCACAGAUUAACAUUUAUUUUAUUUUUUAAAGACUGGACAAAAUCUCACCCUCCAUUUUAAUUAUGAAUUUGGUAACACUUUCAGAAAGGUUUAGUUGUUAACAUUAGUUUACACAUUCAAACUAACAGUCUCGGUUAAUGUUAAUUUAUAAAUAUAAUAUUGUUAGUUCAUAAUGAAUGUACUAAUGUUAGUCUAUGUUACAUGUAUAAAUAUGUAUAUAAAAAUUAACAUUAACCAUUGUUAAUGUUCAUUGUUAUUUCAUGUUGCGUUAACUAAUGUUAACAUGAACAACCUGAUUGUAAAGUGUUACCAUGAAUUAUUCGUUUUUUCCACAAAGACUACAUUAUUUUCUACAAUGAACAAACAUGAAUAUUUAAGAUAGCUUAAAUAUUUAGGCUGUAAAGUGUCUAAAGGUCUCUAAUCAGUACCAAUCACAAUUCAUACAAUGUUCUGGAUUUUUUUUGGGUGUGCCAUAGUUUGUAACUAGUAACUGCCGUGUUGUAUUUUACAGUAAAGAGACCAAUAUUACAGUUGGCGUAGCUCCUCUGUAUAGAACAACUGAAAGGUGUCAACUACAAUCUUAUUCUUAGAAAUGAACUGGUGUAGUUACCUAACUCAGAUCCUAGCUCACUGUCGGUGAGCACUGAUAGUGCUUUAGCAUUAUGAUUUCAUUAAACUACUUCUGACACUGCCAGUGAUUUCUGAAGUUUAAAGCUAAUGCCUUGAGAUUUUUCUUUUGUCAUACUGAAACUUUUGAAGUGUUCAAACUGAAUUCCAUCUGGAUCGAAGCUCACUUUGCUCGGAAUUUGUAUUUAUAAUAUGUUAAUUGAAAUGUAAUUGUACAGUCUUUUAUAAUAAAUCAUUCUAUGUAAAA